UAGAGAUGGAAACAAAUUGCAACAAGUAGUUUAUUUUUGCGCCAAACUCCAACUGGCAAAGGGGAAAAAAAAGAAAAAAAAAUCUAUUCAGAGGAUUCACAGUCGCUUACGAUUAACGGUUACAAAAUUAUUUUUUGGCAUUUUUUUUAUCCAUAAUUACAAAUAUUCUCAUAUACUUCCCAUCUUUCACUUUUCAGAUUCAAUUCAGACUAAAAUCCGUUCUGGAAAAUUUCAUAUUUCGUCCAUAAAUCAAACAAUCACCGCUCCACUUACAGUGAAGGGUGUUGCAGAUGUGAUUACAUUUAUAUUUUAGGUGUGUAAACAAUCCAGUGGCACUACAACUUUUCUCGAAGAGGGGAGCUCCUUAGAGAGAACUGCAGAUAUUUUUUACUAUGAUCAUUGAUCAAAGAUGAUCAUUUGUUAAGGAACAAUAAAAUAUACGAAGUCUAAUCCAAUGCAGGAUUUAGCAGAUAUUGAGUACCCAAUCUUGAGUAGAGUCAGAACACAGGUUGAGGUAUUACCAAUUCUAAGGCUUACACGGAAACGAUGGUGGAUGUUUGUGGCAAUCAAUAUUGCCUUUGUUGUUUUAGGGCAAACUGGAGCUGUUCUGCUAGGCAGAUUUUAUUAUGCUGAAGGUGGAUCAAGCAUGUUUUUGGCCACUAUUGUACAAACUGCAGGGUUUCCCAUACUUUUUAUUCCACUGAUCCUUAUUCCUUUACCGGCAUGUUCUUCACCUCCACCCGAUCCACAUACGAAGACACACAUUGCCUUGAUCUAUCUUUCUCUCGGUGUACUUCUUGCUGGUAACAAUUUACUUUAUUCUGUGGGACUUUUAUUUCUCUCAGCCUCUAGCUAUUCCCUCAUCUGUGCAACACAACUAGCUUUCAACGCAGUAUUCUCGUACUUUCUCAAUCAUCAAAAGUUCACCCCUUUAAUCUUGAACUCGGUGGUGAUUCUCUCGUUUUCUGCAUCUCUACUAGCUGUGAAUGGUGAUUCUGACUCACCAGCAGGGGUAUCCAAACUGGAAUAUGCUAUUGGUUUUUUAUGCACUCUUGGUGCCUCAGCUGUGUAUGCACUUCUCCUGUCUCUGAUGCAGCUUUCCUUUCAGAAAGUGUUAAAAUCUGACAGUUUUGCUUUAGUUAUGAAGAUGCAAAUCUACACUUCGUUGGUAGCAACAAUAGUUUCAACAGGUGGACUUUUUGUAAGCGGACAAUGGAGGACUUUACAGAGAGAGAUGGAAAAUUUCAACAGUGGACCUGCUUCGUACUUGAUGACCUUGGUUUGGACUGCUAUAUCUUGGCAAAUUUGUUCUGUGGGUGUAGUGGGAUUGAUUUUUUUGGUGUCUUCUCUCUUCUCAAAUGUCAUUAGUACAGUAGCUCUUACUGCUGCUCCUAUUGCUUCUCUCAUAGUUUUCCAUGAAUCAAUGAAUGGCGCAAAGGCAAUCGCGAUGCUUCUGGCAUUAUGGGGUUUUGCUUCUUACUUAUUUCAGAAUUAUUUGGAUGAUAGUAGAACUAUGGAACACCCUAGAUCCAUGGAAACAGACAGCACUCCCAGCAGUGUCAAUGAGAUCCGCAAAGAGUCUUCCUGUAUUGUGUCUUUAGCAGUAAGUUAGCACUCACAACAUUCUUUCAGAUUUACUCCCUCUGUUUAACAAUCUCAUUCUUUUACUCCGUAAUUACUAUCUUUAUGUAUUCUUCUGAAUGUUGUAAUGAAACAGAGCGAGUAUAUUCAACGACCAGUUUGUAUUAAUCCCUAAGGGUGCCCUCCAUUGUUGUAUCUGUAGCAGAAGUGAACUAGUGGUUAUAUUCAUUUCAUUUAAUUGUAGAUUCAACAUUUGAUUGUAUGUAUUGUUCACUACUGUCAUUUUUAAACGAUAAUGUAAAGCAUUUGCUGUUGUUUUGUGA